AUGUCUCUCGCACCGAAGGGGUUGUCGAUCCCGUUAGUGGCAGUCGUCAUCAGGCCGAGGGUAGCCGCCCGUCUUCUUUGGCCAGCUUCGGUUGCCGCCAGCAUUUCGUCUUCUCAUCGUUCGCGGAGCUCUUCCCUUUCGUCUCUGACUAGAGAACGCCUUGCUGCCGAACUCGACCUUGAACUGGCCCGCAAGCGGCGAGGAGAAGAACAGAAUGAAAAUGACCUUCUGAACGAGCUAGCCCGUAAGUUACAUGAGGAAAAGAUUCAUAUCGGGGCCAAACGAAAAGAACGGAAAAUCGAGGAAGAAAUCGCACGUCUUCGUAUGAACGAGAAGUUGUCAAAGAGGUCUGUUCGUUCGCCUUCGCUGACCUCCUUGAGCUCUUUCCGUGAACCAGAUGACGAUAUUCAUACUCCGUUGCCGAAGAGUAAGCCUUGCGACAAAAUGCUGCUUCCCACCGGGCUGUCUGACAAGAGCGUAGAUAGCUGGAUCUACGAUCUGGGACAGAAACCGACGGCCUUACCCGCUGCAGCGCCCAUGCCUUGGAUGUUUGGAGUUUCGGCCCCGUUCACGUAUUUCGAGCUAGUCCACGACGUCAUUCCGAACGAUGCCCAGCGUUUGGCCAUUCUUACCGAGUGGGUUGGCCUUAGCGUUUUUCGCCGCAUCUCCCCAUUGUUAAAGGCUCCUCGUGGGUACACUGCAGUUCUUGCCUAUCUUAAGAAGCACUACGGUUCGAGCGAGCAGAUCGCUCGCUGUCAAAUACACGAUCUUCUUAGUCUUCCCUUCGUCAAUCCGGGUGAUCGCCAGGCGCUUGAAAGUUUUUCUGAUCAGCUGCAUGGAGCUGUUGUGGUGUUGGAACAAGGGGGAUUGAAGCACGAUCUUAAGAGUGCUGCUAAUCUUGAUCAGGCAGUACAGAAGCUGCCACCUGUCUUUCGCCAUCGCUGGGCCCGUUACGCACGUAAGCGUUUACCGAAAGGUGUCGACUUUAGUGACAUAGAUCGGUUCAUGGAAGAGGUCGUAGAAGAGGAGCGGAUGGCUCGUUCGGCAUUCGAGUUGGCGCCUAAGAUUGAUCUUCGUGAAAAGCGUGUUACGUUUCCCAAGCCAGCCGUAGAAAAGCACCCUUCAAGCAGACCUGCAAUUCUGAAACCACCACCCGUUCGGCCACCCCCUACCUUCUUAGUCACCCAAGUAGCGAAAGACGUAGAUGUCGAGUGUACAGGCUGCGGCGGCGCUCAUCGACUUGUUUUUGGCCCCGAAUUACAGAAGAAGUCACCGAGUGAACGAGCGCUGGUUGCGAAGGAGAAAGGCGUAUGUCAUCAUUCGCUGUUGCAUGGUGCGGAGAGAGUUUUUCCUGAAAAAAGCACACCUCGUCAGUUCCCGUCAUCCGUCGGAGGCCAAGAAUGUUUUCAAGGACCUCAAACACUCGCCAUUGCUUCCCACCUGACAUCUGAUGUUCUCUUGGCCGUGGUUCCCGUCCGACUUCCUGCGGGAUGCCGGACUCUUGACGUUUUCGCCCUGCUCGACACCGGGAGCCAAGCUACCCUUUUGCGGGAAGACGCGGCUAAUGCGCUUGGUCCUACGGGCCGGCCACGCAAAAUUCGUUUUGGAACCUUCCAUGGGAAAGAUCCGGUCGUCGAGACUCGUCUUGUGGGCUUCUUCGUUUCGUCGCUAGAGGGAGACCAAAGCUACAAUGUUUCCGACGCCUUUGUUGUGCCUCGUCUAAAUGUUGGGCAACGCAAGAUAAAAGAUGUUCUCGCUUCGUUCGAUUAUCUUCGUGACCUCAACUUUCCUGCUCGAGACGCUGGUGAAGUCCAGAUUUUGAUCGGGAUGGACGUUCAAGACGCCCAUCUAAACAUCGAGCUGGAAGAGUGCGUCGAAAGGUUUUGGAAAACCCAAUCACUCCCAGUUCGUGAGGCCCCCAGUACAUUUAUGUCGUCGUCAGACCGUGCCGCAAUGGACCAACUCGAGUCGACCAUUCGGCACACUGGAACGCGUUAUGAAGUAGGCUUGCCUGUUCGCCCGCAUUGCCCGAAGUUGCCGGACAACAAAGAGUUUGCACGUCGCAAGUUCUUCGCACUGGAGAGAAGACUUCUUUCAGACAACGACCUUCGCCAAGCAGUUACGGCGCAGAUGAAGGAGGUGUUUUGCAGCGGCCACGCAGUGAAAGUCACUUCUACAGCUCCCGGUUCCAAGGUGUGGUUCCAACCUUAUCAUCCGGUUCGACAUCCAACGAAGCCCAGCAAGAUUCAUCUCGUUUACGACGCUGCUGCCCGGUUUAAAGGAACCGCGAUCAACGACAUCCUGCUGAAAGGUCCGGAUCUCACCACGCAGUUAUUGGCCGUGCUGCUUCGGUUCCGUGACAGGAGAAUUGGCGUUACUGCCGAUAUUGUGAAAAUGUUUUAUCAAGUGCUGGUUCCAACCAUCGUUUUGGUGGCGAAAAUCAUCCUUCAGGACAUCUGGCGACUCAAAGGUGGCUGGGAUGAGAUUCUGCCCGCCGAUAUUCUGAAUCGUUGGGGGCGCUUUGUGGAACAUCUGUCGAUGCUCAAACUGCUGAACAUUCCGAGAAGUUUUUUGACUAAUCCCCUGUCGGCGUAUCGUUCUUUUCAGUUGCACGCUUUUUUGGACGCAUCGAAAGACGGUUUCGGUGUUGUAAUUUAUCUUUGA